GCAGGAAGAAUGCAGAUUCCUAAUGACACCCAGUUUCACCCUCCUUCUUCAUUCCUCCUAGUGGGAAUUCCAGGGCUGGAAUAUGUCCACAUCUGGAUUGGAUUCCCUUUUUUGUUUGUGUAUCUUGUUGCAUUACUGGGGAAUACUAUUGUCUUAUUUGUGAUCCAGACUGAGAAAAGCCUCCAUGGACCCAUGUACUACUUCCUGGCCAUGCUGGACGUCAUUGACCUUGGCCUGUCCACAGCCACCAUCCCCAAAAUGCUUGGCAUCUUCUGGUUUAACCUCAGGGAUGUAUCUUUUGGAGGCUGCCUUUCCCAGAUGUUCUUCAUCCAUUUCUUCACUGCCAUGGAAAGCAUUGUGCUUGUGGCCAUGGCUUUUGACCGCUAUGUUGCCAUUUGCAACCCUCUCCGGUACACCAUGAUUCUCACCAGUAAAAUCAUCAGCAUCAUCGCAGGCAUUGCUAUUCUACGAAGCUUGUGUAUGGUUGCUCCACUGGUGUUUCUCCUCCUGAGACUGCCUUUCUGUGGGCACCAUGUCAUCCCGCAUAGCUAUUGUGAGCACAUGGGCAUUGCCCGUCUGGCUUGUGCCAGCAUCAAAGUCAACAUAAUAUUUGGCCUUGGGGAUAUGGCUGUUUUAUUAUUGGAUGUGUUUCUUAUUAUUCUAUCCUAUAUCCGGAUUUUAUAUGCUGUUUUCCGCCUGCCCUCCUGGGAAGCCCGACGCAAAGCUCUCAACACCUGUGGCUCCCACAUUGCUGUUAUCUUAGCCUUUUUCACACCAGCAUUUUUCUCUUUUUUGACACAUCGGUUUGGUCACAAUGUUCCUAGGUAUAUUCACAUCUUCUUGGCCAAUUUAUAUGUAGUUGUUCCACCAGCCCUUAAUCCCGUAAUCUAUGGGGUCAGGACUAAGCAGAUUAGAGAGCGAGUGUUGAGGAUUUUCCUCAAGAAUGAUAUCUAA